CCCGGCGCGGCGGAGACGCAACGCAGGUGAGGCCAGCGGGCGGUGUGGCUGCCCGUGAGGGGCGUUGCCUUCGGAAGUGGGGUCCGCGUUGCCGCCCCCGCCUCCUCUCCGUGGUGGCCGCUAUGUGCUCCGCUCGCGGCUCUCCGCCCCUGGGAGCGUCAGCCGCCGAGUCAAGCGCUGCAGAACAGUUCAACUAUCACAAAAAAAUGUUCCAAUCAGAAUUCCUAUGUCAUGAAGAGUUUUUAAGCUAGAUUUUCUUUAUCUGUCCUGAAGAGGAUUUGAUGCUGGAAACUGAAGAUGUCAGUCAAAGGAGGGUUCUGACUCCAGGAAGACCCCAUUGUUUCUGUAAUGGUGGAGGAUGUUUGACUCCCAGAACACUGCCUGACCUCUGUCUGUCCCUUCAGCAUGGGGAGGAUUGGCAUCUCCUGUCUUUUUCCUGCUUCCUGGCAUUUUAGCAUCUCUCCUGUGGGGUGUCCUCGAAUUCUGAAUACCAAUUUACGCCAAAUUAUUGUUAUUAGUAUUCUAGCUGCUGCUGUUUCACUUUUAUACUUUUCUGUUGUCAUAAUCCGAAAUAAGUAUGGGCGACUAUCCAGAGACAAGAAGUUUCAAAGGUACUUGGCACGAGUUACUGACAUUGAAGCUACAGACACCAACAACCCCAAUGUGAACUAUGGCAUCGUGGUGGACUGUGGUAGCAGCGGAUCUCGAGUGUUUGUCUAUUGUUGGCCCAGGCAUAACGGCAAUCCUCAUGAUCUGUUAGAUAUCAGACAAAUGAGGGAUAAAAACCGAAAGCCAGUGGUUAUGAAAAUAAAACCAGGCAUUUCAGAGUUUGCUACCUCUCCAGAGAAGGUCAGUGAUUACAUUUCUCCGCUCUUGAACUUUGCUGCAGAGCAUGUGCCACGGGCAAAACACAAAGAGACCCCUCUCUACAUUCUUUGCACAGCUGGAAUGAGAAUCCUCCCUGAAAGCCAGCAGAAAGCCAUUCUGGAAGACCUUCUGACUGAUAUCCCUGUGCACUUUGAUUUUCUGUUUUCUGACUCUCAUGCCGAAGUAAUUUCAGGGAAACAAGAAGGUGUGUAUGCUUGGAUUGGCAUUAAUUUUGUCCUCGGACGAUUUGAGCAUAUUGAAGAUGAUGAUGAAGCAGUAGUGGAAGUGAACAUUCCUGGUAGUGAAAGCAGUGAAGCCAUUCUCCGCAAAAGAACUGCCGGUAUUCUCGACAUGGGAGGCGUGUCAACGCAGAUAGCAUACGAAGUCCCCAAAACUGUAAGCUUUGCCUCCUCACAGCAGGAAGAAGUGGCUAAGAACUUGCUGGCUGAAUUUAACCUUGGAUGUGAUGUUCAUCAGACUGAGCAUGUGUAUCGAGUCUAUGUGGCCACAUUUCUCGGGUUUGGUGGCAAUGCUGCCCGGCAGAGAUACGAAGACAAGAUAUUUGCCAACACGGUUCAAAAGAACAGGCUCCUGGGAAAGCAAACUGGUCUAGCUCCAGAUACGCCAUACUUGGACCCCUGCCUACCCCUAGACAUUAAAGAUGAAAUCCAGCAAAAUGGACAGACCAUGUACUUGCGGGGAACAGGAGACUUUGACCUGUGUCGACAGACUCUCCAUCCUUUCAUGAACAAAACAAAUGAGACGCAGACUUCCCUCAACGGGGUCUACCAGCCCCCCAUUCACUUCCAGAACAGCGAAUUCUACGGCUUUUCUGAAUUCUACUACUGCACUGAGGAUGUGCUGCGGAUGGGAGGAGACUACAAUGCCGCCACAUUUACUAAAGCUGCAAAGGAUUAUUGUGCAACAAAAUGGUCGAUCUUGCGGGAGCGCUUUGACCGAGGACUGUAUGCCUCUCACGCAGACCUCCACAGGCUGAAGUAUCAGUGCUUCAAAUCCGCCUGGAUGUUCGAGGUGUUUCAUAGCGGCUUUUCGUUUCCCAUUACCUACAAAAAUUUAAAGACCGCCUUGCAAGUUUAUGACAAGGAGGUUCAGUGGACCCUUGGAGCAAUUCUUUACAGGACCCGCUUUUUACCCUUAAGAGAUAUCCAGCAGGAGACUUUCCGGGCCAGUCACGCGCACUGGCGGGGCUUCUCCUUUGUCUACAAUCACUACCUGUUCUUCGGCUGCUUCCUGGUGGUCCUGCUCGCCAUCCUCCUCUACCUGCUGCGGCUCCGGCGCAUUCACAGGCGGAUGCUUCGCAGCGGGUCGACUGCCGUGCUCUGGCUGGAGGAGGGCCUCCCAGCCCAGAAGAUUGGGGGCACCUUAUGAACCGGAUGCUAGGGAGAGAGCCCGGGAAGACUGGACUCUUAAAGGAAAAGCCAUUUUUGCCUCAGGGUUUCUUCUCUUUUUGUUUGGUUUUAUUUUUCCUUUCCCCCUUUGUUCCUUGAAACAAAAACAAAUUCCAUUGUUUGUAAACUCUCCUGUCCUGGAAGAAUUACAUUUAGCCCUGUUUUGUACACAGCUUUAAAUUGAGGGUUAGGGAAAAGGGAAAAUCACUUCAUUUUUGCUGCAUAGGAUAUUUGCCAAAAAUUACAAAGGUUUUUGGUUUUUCUUUUAAGGUAUGUUCAGUUUUAAACAGAUGCACUUUGAUAUUGGAGGAAAGCAGCAAAGGUGUUUUCUAUCAGUGGAGCUAGGACCGAAGGGUGAUACUUUUAAGGAACCAAAAAACCUACUGAAUGAAAUUAAAAUGCUUUUUUUCCCUCUACCUUAAAAACUCAAGAGGACGUGUAGUUUUUAUUUAUUGUUUAGGUCUGUCACUAUAUGUUUUCUUUGCGGAUUUAAAAAAUCAAAAUCUUUUAUAUCCAAAAGAGAGAAAACUGGUUACCAAGAGGUAAUUAUUUUUCAAAUUGAUAGUGAAGAGACCUGAAAAAUGUGAAAUAAUGACUAGAGUGCUGUGUGUGUGUGUGUGUGAAAAUGGUAAUGAAAGUGAAUGAGGGAUACAGUGUUCUUUUAAAAACACACACUUCAGAAUUUUCAUUUUAAUUUAAUUUUAUUUUAUUUGGAAAAAUCCACUACCAUGAUCUUAUCCUUUGAUCACAGUAAUCAGUUUCUUCAUCUUAUCUUUCAGUGGCCUCAGAACACUCUGUUUUUGAAUAAGCCAGAAAAUUUGUGAAGUUUCACUGGUUUCAAAAUUACUAGAAUUUGAGCUGAUGGCAGCUGACAGGCACAUCCAUGUUUCUUAAUAAUGCAUCUUUGCUUGUUUAGCUGCGCUCCAGUUUCUUACAACUUAAGGUUGGUGCCCCGCGUUCCCAAUUAAGAACCGCCCCAGCAGUUCAUUCUGAAGAGCCCGCCACGCUCAGUACGUUCUCUUCACCACCAUCACAGUGGGUGAAGCCGCGUGGGCACCGCCACUGUGGCCCACGCUGAGAGAAGGGUCUGAGUGUCACACCAAAAAGAAGCCCACGUUUUGAAGAAAACAAGUUUGACAUUUUAAAUAAAAAAUUUAAAAAGACCAAUGGAUUGGCAUAUGUGAGGUCAGUUGUUUUUCACCUAUUCAUUUAGUUUGGAACCACUGGGAAUUCGUGCCUUUUUAAAGUUAUUUCUAUGCGUGAGCAUGUGCACUGUUUGACUUCAGGAGAGUUAAAUCCAUCUAGUUGGUAGCAGAUGUGCAUUUUGAGAACCAUCAGUUGCUUUUUUUAAAACGUUGAUUAGAAAAAGAAUUUAGAUUCUGAAGUGCUUAUGUAACCAAGGGGGGGAAGUGGGAGGCUUCUAUCUUGUUUAUUAAUUACUUAAAACCAUGACAUACUGUAUAUUGAUGAUUUAAAAGAUCACAAAAAUUUUUAAAGAUUUUACUUAUUUCUAGAGAGGGGGAAAAGAGGGACAGAAAUAUCGAUGCAAGAGAGAAACAUUGAUUGGUUGCCUCUCAAAUGCUCCCUAACCAGGAAUUGAAUUGGCAACCUUUUGAUUUGUGGAGUGUCUCCCAACUCACUGAGCUACACUGGACAGGGCUAAAAGGUUACAAAUUUAUGAAAGAAGUGGAAGUUCUGUUAUUCUCCUAGAAAGUGAAUAUUCUAACAGUGAAGAAAUUAUUGGUAGACUAUUUGCCUCUCACAUAUCCAGAAGGUAGGAAGAGUUGUGUGGUGUUACAGGAACUAAUGUGGCGAGUCUUGUUUCAGAGAGCAUAGAGAAAAAUGUGCCUGUGAAAGAGCCAGCUUCUGAAGCGCUGGUCUCCAGAUAGUAAAUCCUUGGCCCCUGAUAAACACUGUUCUUGUCAAGACCCAGCCACAAAUGACCUGUGUCACACAUACCCAGACGUAGCAUGAGGGCGCAUGCUUCUCGAAGUCUUCAAGGGGUUUGCUCUGUAGCCUGUGGGUGGCAUUAGUGGUGAAGAGGAAGUAAGUUUCCACUUUAGCUUUUCUCCCACCAGUCGUUUGGAAUAGGAAGGCCUGAACAGUAGAAUGAAGAGUUUCAAAUGCCUUGAGUAUGCGAUUUUGCCUUUAAAAUCAAGGCAAGGAUAAGCUAGCUUGGGCACAGGUUUAAAUAGCCCUUAAUUAAGACUUCCUACCACAAACAGCUACUUAUUGAAUAAAGAAGGCCAGUUGGGUCCCACUCUGUACUGUUCAGGAGACAAACCCAGGGAAGUUCUGCUUUAUGCCCAGCCUAGGGAUCCUCUGCAAGGACCACCCACCCUCCAGAGGACAUCCCUAGAUCAGGGUCCCCAGGCACAGACAGCCCUCGAACUUGUACUCGCUCGGGUGCCUGUGUUCCCGCCAAGAACUCCCUGCAGCAGGCAGUUUGACACACUUGCCCACAGGGAAAAUGUGGAAGGCCCUUGGGCUGAGAAUGGUGUUUCAAUUUGUAAAGG